AUGCGUCACAAUCAGCUGGGGCAAGGGCUCUGUGUCCUGCUUGAUUGCAGCUUCCAUCUCUUCGCCAUCAUCCUCCAGCUCGAGCUCACCAUGCUCCCCGACGAGGACGAGUCUGUGCGCAUCGCUAUCCGCGCCCUCGGCGAUAUGCGCAACAGCGCGCCCGCCGCCGUCCCCUCCUCCGCCUCCCCGUCCACCUCAUUCCAGCCCACCCCCGCACUCUCGAUCUCUUCGGGCACGUCGUCCCCCUCGCUGUCGUCCCCGUCACUCCUGGGCGACGACCCGCCCCGCACGGACGAUGCGGACUUUGUCUCGCGCGUCUCCAGUAUCCCGCUCGUCAACAGCGCGCUGCGCGCGUACGAGCAGGGCAAGGCGAGCUCGCGCGUCGUCAAGUACGGCGCGGAGAUGAUGGAGUCGAGCGUCAAGACGAUCUCGCGCCCUGUUAUUGAUCGGCUGCCUGUGAACCAGCUUGAUGAAUUUGCGAGGAGACAGCUCGAUCGGAUUGAGAGUUACACACGACGUACGCCUAGCCAAGAUCGCGACAGAGGUCGUGAACGUGGGCGUAGCAGAACUACCACCGAUUACGAACAAUCACGAGUGACUGACGAAGACAACUGGAGCACCAGGGACGUGUCCAUGACGCGAAGGGCACAGGACGAAAAGGCGUGGGACGUUCACUCCCCAUCUAUGUCUGCAGAACCAUCUAGUCGCGCGUCGACCCCCCGCUCGCAACCAUUAUCUUCGCCCUAUGCUCACCGAUCCUCACACCUCGAGGGGUCGUCCUCACAGCAGCAGACGCAAUAUUCAUCAUCAGCAACACCUGAAAACCAAGAAGUGGCACGACGCAGUCGAUGGCAGGCCAUGCUUCUCGAGGCCGGUGGUAUUGGCGCCGCUGUUAGCGAGGAGAGCAUGCGGCGCCUUCGUUAUUGUCUGCAGUGGCUUCAGUAUGCAACUACGCAUAUCGAUACUCAGAUUCUUGUCCUCCGCAAUUUCAUCGCCUCUCUCCAACCAUUAUCUUCUUCCAGCAGCUCUCAUGCGGUCUCAUCGUAUCACCUUCGCACUCUACAUGCAGCCAAGCGUGAUGUCGUCGAGACGCUACGUCAAGUUGUGGACGUCGUGAGCCGCUACGCGGGCAGCGCGCUCCCCGAGCCCGCUCGUGCACGCGUGCGGUCUUUCAUUCUGCACCUCCCGCGGCGUUGGGCGCAUGCUACCGGUACCGAUGGAGCGGGGCCUUCCUCGGCGUCAGGUAGUGCCUCGGGCGUCGACACGCGUACUGGCGGCGGUGUGGAUAGGGGCGAGCGGCGAACGAACGCUGGCUCCGCCCCAUACAGCUAUGGCCCUGGUGAGGCCGGACCGUCCCAAAGAUCCCGCCCAUCGUCACGUGCGACGUCGCCGUCCAGGUCGAAGGGGCAUCCCAGGCAGGGAAGCAGCAGAGCUGCCCAGGACAGCCUGAGUGUGAACAAUGCGGUCCCCACAACGGCAGAUACCGCAACGCAGGCUGCCCAGCGGAUUUUGACCCUGGCGACGGAGAGUUUGGAUAUGCUCCGUGGGGUCACCGCAGUAUGUAAGGAGAGCUUGGACAGAGCUGAUGCGUGGGUCGAGCGCCUCCGUGUCGUUGGUCUGCAGCGCCAACAAAAUCCCGAGGCAGGCGAGAACGACGCCAUGCUGGACUUCCGCGAGCCGCCGCUUCCACCGCUCUCUCAUCUCUCGCCACCAUUCGCAUUCUCUCCGGCUGGUUCGUCGCAGUACUCCCCGACUGCGCCGUGCUCGCCACUCUCUACGACGAGCUCGGGGCACGCGACGCCGCUGUUCCCGCCCCCACACAUGCGGCGGAAUUUGAGCUCGGGCUCAGGUUUCGCCAGUCCGUCGGCGAGCUUCUAUUCUGUCGAUGGCCCGUCGUCCACGUCGUUCGACGCCCUGACGCUGUCGUCGCCGACCGUGUCCACGUCCGGGGCGAGCUCGCGGUACACGACGCCAAGGAGCGUGCUCAUGGGCUUACCGGCUGAUGGCGAUAGUGGCGGAAGUCUCCUCGGUGCUGGCAGUUUCCGGGGCGAAAAGCGGGGCGCGGAAGAGGACGACAUGGACGGUCCGACGGUGGCUGCGGCUGCUGCACUGGCCGGGAUGGCGGGUGCGGCGAAGAGGGCGAAGCAAAAUCGGGGGAGGGAUGACGGGAUGCUGUACAUGCAUGGCCGGCGGAGUAGUGGGGAUGAUGGUAGCGUGCAGAUGGACGUGGACGGGUGA